AUUAAUAUCUUUGCUUUACUUGCUUUUUAAUUGGCGUAGGGGUUCUCCUAUGACUAGGUAACAGUAGUCACAUGAGAGGAUCACUCACUCUCUUCUAAAUUCUCUCACAUGAAAUUCCUCUUCUGAAGCUUUUAGAGAAGUUAAGGGGUUCAUCACAAGAGGAUAUCCUGUUGUGAUUACGGUUAACACUAGUGCCUUUGCCCAAUAACCGAUUGAUCUACACAUAAAAAUAGGUUUAGUGUCCUCUUUUCUUCUUCAGUAUCUUGAAGCUUUCAUUGGGUUCUCUAAGCCUUUUUGCUUUCCCAAAAAAAGUUGACCAUUUUAGCUUCUCUCUCCCCUAUUUUUACACUGCAUCACACAGAUGGGCAUGUUGUAGUUUCCCAAGUAGAAGAGGGCUUGUUUAUAUUACAUUUGUUGACAUGGGGAAGCUCAGUUUUGGCAAGAUGUUAGAUUGUCUUUGUCUCACUACAAGUUCAUCAUGUUCUUGUUUCUGCCUCAACACCUUGGAGAGUGGAGAUGAUAUAUUUGAGAAAAAGCCAUUCACCAUGAGUGAAGGAGCCCAGUUGCUGAGGUUAAAAGAUGUUGUUUCUGAUAACCAGACACUGGCUUUUCAAUUAAAGCCUAAGAUGGUGGUGCUGAGGGUGUCCAUGCACUGCCAUGGAUGUGCAAGAAAAGUUGAGAAACAUAUAUCCAAAAUGGAAGGGGUGACAUCAUACAAAGUAGACCUGGAAAGCAAGAGGGUGGUGGUGAUUGGGGACAUAAUUCCUUAUGAAGUGCUGGAGAGUGUCUCCAAGGUCAAAAAUGCAGAGAUUUGGAAUUCUUAAUCAACCCUUUUGAUGAAGAAUUUCUUGCUCCUGCCCUGCUUGCUCACUUGCCACCAAAAUUCAUUUUAAAAAGAUGUGUCCUUUUUCACUAUAAUUUAUAAAAUAAUAUUAUAGGUAUCUAUUUUAAAUAUAUAAAUAUUUAUACACUUAUAUUUGUUAUCACUUAAUUAUAUAUUAUUUUAUCUUUAAUUCAGAAUCAUUCAAUCGUAUGAGGACAUAUAUAAGUGUAUAUAUUUAUGUAUCUAAAAUAGAUACAUAUAGUUUUAUUAUAAUUUGUAAGCAACUAUUAUCAUACACUGUACAUGGCAUGUUCUCAUAAAUCCACCGUA